AUGGGCGAUCCACUCGUCGUGCUCCCCACAGAACUCAUUCUGAUCGUUCUGUCCUUCCUCGACCUGCCGAGUCUGUACAGCGCAACGACGGCGCUCGCAUCCGCCGCCAGGAUCUGGGAUGCGCACGCCGUGCCCAUCACCGAGGCGGCGCUCGCCCGCCUGCCCCGCGGCACCCGGCGAUGCAUCCGCGCCGUAGCCAUAGUCCAGAAGAUGGCGGUGCCGUGUUCGUCGCUGGAUGUGUUCGCGUGGUUCCAUCUGUACGGCCACGCGAGUGACAUCCCGCUGCUCCGCCUCGGCCCCGAGCAUGCGCGCCGCCUGCUGCACAAGGCCUGGCGACUACAUUGGCUCGCCCAGGCCUGUCUCGGGGACUUUCAGGCGCGCUCUGCAUCCGCCUGCGUCCCCUGGAAGAAUACCACCACCACUACCGGUCUGCUUCAUCAGCCGAGUGGUCGACCCCCGCAACAACUACAGGAAUCGACACCCAUAUCCUGGGUCGAGGAACACCGCGUCCUGCGCGCCCUCUGGCGUCUGCAGCUGUACCUCGAAGUCCGUGCUGCGCCGCACGUCUUCUCAUCUGCGGAUCUGCCCGCGCUCUCUUACUCGACCCUCUGGGCCAAACUGCCGGCGUUCGAGCUCCAGGAACUGUGCACUAUCGCCGACUACCUGCGCGAAAGCAUGCGCGCCGACGAAGUAUCAGAAUCAUGCAUCAGCCACUCAGAGGCUGAUAGUAAUAAUGAUAAUAAUCACCACCACGCCGAGAACGUCCUCGGCGGGCUUCCGCGUCUCACGCCAGACAUGGUCCAGCCGACCUGGCCCAUCCGCGAGCUCGACCCGUCGCCCGCGGCGUAUUUCCGGGAGCAGGAUAGCACGCACCUCCAGCACGCGUCACCUGGGUAUCUGGCGCUUGUGCGCUUGCAUGGCUGUCGGCUGGACUCGCUGUCGCGGACGAUAGGCGAGACGAAGAUGCAUGCGCUGCGCUGGCUCGGCGUGUUUCUGUGGGAUAAGCAGCGCAUGAUAGCGCUGGGCUUGGACUCCGGGGGGUUCAGAAGGUCUAGUCUUCUUCUUCUUCGUCGCUCUAGCCAGGAAGACUCUAGUCUUGAGGUUCGGUGGCGCGGGCUAUGA